GCUUAGUCGAAGUACCGGUAAUACAUGUAGAAAUUUAAAAGAAAAUACUUUUAAGUUAAUCUUUAAUAAAUAAUGAGAUACAUACAUUGAAAAUUUUGAAAUUGAAAUUCUGUAAAUUUUAUAGUAAGCACUGCAUUUGUAAACUUUUAAGUAUCAAUAUUUAAACAAAUGUGUGUUAAUAUGGAGCUUAUCUUUGAUAUACUGCAUGAAUUAUGUCACUUUACAGAUUACUAUAUACUACAAGACUGGCAAGAAGUCCAGCUUCAUUACAAAUGAGGCUCACAGAAAAAUCUGCAAAGCUAUUAUAUGGGGAAAAAAUGUUGAAAGAUCAGUUGUUGAUAUUGUAAGAAAAUAUCAGCCUGAGGAAAUAUCAACAGGAGCAGCGGCAGUUGUUGCUGCUGAAUGCAAAGAACUUAGUCGUAAGAACUCAAACUCUGUGCUACAAGGAGGGACUCAUCAUGACAUUCUGUCUUUCACGUGGGACAAAUUUCACACAGAACUCACACUUAGGGCACCAAAUACUUUGAAGGUUGUUUCAUCAAUGCUGUCUGAUGUCCCUAUAAGUCCAGAAGGGAAAUCAUUUGUGAACUUGAUGCACACGAUAUCAAUGGCUCUUCACAGCAGAUACAAUCAGAUGUCAUUGACCCAGUAUCUAUGUGGAUUUAUUCUUAUGCAUGGAGGAUGUACAAUGAGGGAUAUAGACAGAUUGGCACGAAUUGGUCUUACUAUGACUUCCAAGUCCCUGACCAAUAAACUAGCAUCAUGGGAAGACAACCUGUACAUGAAUGUCGAAAAAAUCAAGGAAGACUGGGAACGUGGAGAGAAGAAAAAAUAUCAAUUAAUCGGCGACAAUUGGGACCGAAAUAUAUUGCCGUCAUAUAGAACAUCACAGCAGAAGACAAUAUCGCUGCAUUUGUUUCAAGUGGUAUGUGUGGUGGACAGAAUUAUCCCAGUAUGUGUUGAAAGACCAAAAAAGAAUCCCUAUGAUUUGAAGAGUAUUGACUUUAUUCCAUCUAUGCAGGACCAAAAUUUGUUAUGCAAGGAGCUGACAUUUAUAGUUGCCACUUCAUUACUGAACAAUAUUGAUCAACUUCAAAACAUUCAAAAUAUUUACCCAAAGCAUUUGGAACACCAUUAUAGUGCACAGUCAGGACUGAAAACUCAUCAGAUUCCACUAGGCCUCUUUGAUUGCAAUGAGCAAAAAACACAGGAUGUCAUCAGGCUGUUAAAGGAAUUUUCUCAAAAGUAUGUUCCUGUGAAAGAUGGUGAAAUUGUGGAAGAAGUUUUCUUUGGAGGUGAUCGCCUUACGGACGAAAGGAUUCAGUGUGCUCAAUCAUCUAUGGCAAAUGCUGCUUCUCCUCUUGAAAGUUUAAGAGGGUUCAUCUCAAAGAUUGAGGACUUUCACCGCUUAAUGAAUUUCCUAGAGGCGAUAUGCACCUUGACAUACAAAAGUGCUUCAUCUGGAGACAGAGGAACGUUUGCAUACUUCAGAAAUUUUCUAAAUGCCAGGAAUGUGAAAGGUGAAGUCAAAAAUUCCUACAGAGCUCACAAGUUACUACUAUAUACCAUAUUUGAUGCAAUGUGUUGUGUGCUGUUCCUGGGUGAAUUUGGACUUAAUAGCACAGAGGAGAAAAUACCUGUGCCAGAUCUGAGUAGCUCUGAAGAAAAAAUUUCCUGGAUUAAUGAAGUGAGUGAAAAAAUAGUGAAAAAAUGGUUCUUUGAAAAUACUGAUUUAGUAGAAGAAUUGAGAAAUGUUUUCGAAGAUGAGCACCAUGAUGAAAACUACUGGAUCAACACUGCUGUUGAAAAUCGAUUUCAGUGCCACAACUGUGACAGAAGUUAUGCUUUUAUCGAGAGCUUGAAGACUCAUGAAUCUCGAAUGCAUGGGUAUGUUGACUCCUCUCCUAAAAUUAGUAAAAAGACUGAAAACAAAGAUGAACUUUACGAAUAUGUUGUUCAUUUGUUUAAAUUAGGUGCCCUUCACAAGAACUUAGACACCGCAGUGGAUAUGGGUGACGGUCACCGAUCUGUAAGGAGUGCCAAGUACGAAUUACCGAUCUAUAACAAAACCAACAAAACCAAGUAUCUUAUAGGUAGCAUACAUUUGACUGCGUUGGUCUCUGGCACACUACCACCAAACAAACAAGAACAAUUAAUAACUAACAGAUUUGUAAACCUAAGUGGUGGUGUCAACAACAACAUGGCAUUGGAUGAAUAUGUGGAGCUCUUAAACAGAGACACAAAGCAGGCAUGCAGUGGACAUCAAACCAAAACAAGCAUACUUAAGCAUUCCAAGGAAUAUCCUCAUCUCAUAGAUGCCAUCAAACAAAUUGACAUGAUAAAUGAAAUCAAAAGCAGGAAAGGAUUUCAUAAACACCCAAGUUACAAGAAAGAUGUUUUGAAAGCAGCAAAUGAAUUAAUUGAAAUUUCUGCUUUCACUGAAAUACCAGGUAGAACAUUGACUUGUCGAACUAUUGUUUGUCCCAGAAAUCCAUUCGUAGAUGCAUACAAAAAACUUCCAACAAUGAUUUUUAGACAUUUACCAACAUUGCCCUUCUGUCGCUUGAGAAACAAACAUAUCUAAGAAAAACUGCAUUCUUGUGAAUUAAAUUUUUGUUAAAUGGAGAGAAUUGAACUUGAUAAAAACAUUAAAUGAGACAAAG